AUAUCAGCAUUUCUUAAAACGGUUCAGGAAAAAGAUGACAAAGACGUGAACGCUAUGCUACUCGGUAACAAUACUGUUAGAGACGAAAUGAGUGAAGAUAUUGAAAUACAACUUGUUGAAAAGCUGAAAAUAAAAUUCUCAGUGCAUAUGGUUGAAUCAACUUUGAGAGACAGUGAGGCUGUAUUGUUAACUUACGUAAGAUGUUUUGAUAAAGGGUAUUUUCCAGAAGAAAUGUUGCUCUGCAAUCAUUGGAAACCACCACUUCCGCAAGAAAUCUAUAUCAU